CCAGGCAUCCCAUCCCAACCAUACCAUGCAAGAACUCCCCAUCUCACCCCGGGGCAUCCUCUGGCAAGAAGACUUCAUCACCCCCGAACACGAGCAACAGCUCAUCUCCAUCUUCCGCCAUGAACUAGACUGGCCCGAUCGCACAGGUCGCCAAUCCCUCCACUACGGCUACACCUUCGACUAUAAGACCUUUGGAAUAGAUCCCGACAUCCCGUACAAGGAGUUCCCGGACUGGUUGAAACCGCUCAUUCCUACAACGGAAAACCGCCCCCCGGAACAGGUCUGUCUGCAGUAUUAUCCGCCGGGAAGUGGUAUCCCGCCCCAUGUAGAUGCGCAUAUGGCGUAUGAUCAGCUGUAUGCGUUGUCGAUGGGGGCGCCGGUCAUGAUGCAGUUCCGGAAGGGGAAGACGGAGGAACGUGUGGAUGUGGAUUUGACUCCUAGGACGAUGAUGCAGAUGAGGGGGGAUGCCAGGUUGCAUUGGACGCAUGGGAUUAAGAAGAGGAAGACGGAUACGUUGGCGGAUGGGUCGGUGAGGGUGCGCGAGGAUCGGUGGAGUAUUACGUAUCGGUGGUUGAGGGAGGGGGAGUGUGAAUGUGGGAAUUUGGAGUUGUGUGAUGUGGCGCAGAGGAGGAAUGGGGUGGAGAAGGAGAAGAGGUCGUUGAAGGAGUUGGCGGAGAAGAAGCUCCUUGAAGAGGGUGUUUAGGUGAAGACCAUGUGGCUUGUUGGAGCAUUUUCAUUUUAAUUAUGAUUAUUUUAUAGCCUCGUGACUGUCUGAACCGGUUAUUGUAACAUAUUAUCUUUGCAUAUAGACAGGGGUGGGCCGAAUAUGAUAUAUUGGGC